CACUCAACAAAUAGGGCUCUACUAUAACCUGGCCCAAGUUCAACCUUGGCCCGGCCCCUCAUUUUUGCUGCUGCUUCUCCACUUCUCUCUCUUCGUCUCCCUCCUCUCUCUCAUCGUUCCUGACUCAGGGAACCGCACCGGUGAUAAGGUUGGAAAAGCAUUUUGGUGUAACUAGUUUAUGUCCGGACCUUGGAGCAGCCGGUGUAGUGCCAUUUUGGUGACUGCUACAAAUGGCUGAUUCACCAAUUUUCGACAGGAUCGUGAGUAAUCUUCGUGCAACGUGCAAGUACUAUACCGGUUAUCCUAAGGAUCUUGGACCAUCAAGGGUUGUUCAUUUUACCUCAGAGCGUGAGUUUGUCCAUCUUUUACAUGAAGGAUAUCCUAUGGUUGUUGCAUUUACCAUCAGAGGCAAUUACACAAAACAUCUUGACAAAGUACUGGAGGAAGCAGCUGUUGAAUUUUAUCCUCAUGUUAAAUUUAUGCGUGUUGAGUGUCCAAAGUAUCCUGGAUUUUGUAUAACACGACAGAGGAAGGAAUAUCCAUUUAUUGAAAUCUUCUAUAGCCCAGAACAAGCACCUAAUCAAGGAAGAGUUGCUGAUCCAAAUAUUACAAAAUACUCUGUGAAAGUUUUACCUUUCAACUAUGAUCUCAGUGCAUAUGGAUUUAGAGAAUUUUUCAAGCGCCAUGGCAUUCAAUCAUCUGAUCCAAAGUGAAUCAUGGUGAGAAUAGUUUGGUUACUGCAUUUUGACUUAAAAACAUACUCGGAAACCUGCAUAAUAUUACUAUGUUUGGUAUCUAAUAGAGAUGAGCUGCUUGGAAUUUGGAAGUAUUUAGCCAACAUACAUUAUGCUUUUGUAACUGUAAGCACUGCUCCCUCUCUCUCUCUCUCUCUCUCUCUCUCUCUCUCAUCGUGUAAGUGCAUGCACACUUUGAGUGGUCUGUAAAAUAUCUUACACUGUAUGUUUUUUGCUUAAUUGUCUAUUGUAUGCUUCGAAGGCCCGAAUGUGAAGUUUACUUGAGCUUUCAUUUUUGCCUCCAUUCCCUUUAAUUCUAUUGAUACUUAUUAUUAAUGAAUUUCGUAGACUAUAGUUGAAGUUUAUCCUUG